AUGAAGGACAUGGGCAAAAAAACAGAAGAUAAAUUAAAAGUCAUAUUCAAGACGUCGUUGACUACCUUAUGUACACAUUCAAAGACAUGUUCUGGUAUUUCACAAUUAAGUACAAAGAGUGGCAUAUUAAGAAUACAGAAGAGUUUAAGAAAAAAACACAGUUACUAUGUAGACACAAGAGGCAAAGUCAAAAGAGACUUCAGUGUUGAAACUGAUAUUUGCGUUCUCAGGAGAUUUUGCAGACGAAAACUGAAUAUGACUUCUAACCUAGGAAGUUCUGCCAAAUCCAGAUACUCUGCCGUGGAUACAGAUGUUGAAACUAUUGAAGAAUUUCCGGAUGCUAGUGCUUGUGGGGAUAACGAAAUAAUUGAGAUACGAAGUAAUUACCCAACAAAUCUGGAAUGUCUUAUGGUAGAUAACUUAAAGAACUUGCUUGGGCAAUGGAUCGAAAAACAUUUGAAAUCUAAGAAGGAUACAAGACAGAAACUGGAUAAGGUCUUUGAUUGUAUCCUACGCAAGUUAAAUGACAAAAGUGAACAAGAACUAUCGUCAGAUACUACAUAUGUGAUUCAUAAAGUAGCACAAAAUCAAGAAGUCAAAAACAAAAAGAUUGCUACCUCUUUCUCUUGUCAAUAUUGUAAACAUAAAUCUUGUCGAAAAGUGGUCACGUCAACAAGCAGUCAAAAGGAUUCUUCUUCUGCUCCUAUCCCUGGCCCUAAUAAGGACAUGAGAAUAAUUUCUACCCUAAGCAUCCCAAGAACAUUUAAUAAACGGGGACUAGAUGGCCAAAAAAAGCAUACUAGUUCUUGUAAACUUGGAAAAAUUAGACGCAAUAAUGUCAUCCUUUCUAUAGACAAAUUUAAUAAAUUAAUAGACACGACCAGUUUUAAUUUAUUGGCCGUUUCAACGAAAUCUCUUGAAAACAGAUUUCAAAAUUGUAAAAAUAAGAAACACAUUAUAUUUUAUCCAAAGCCAUUUUAUAAAAGUGCAACCUGUAGUGCAAAUAUAAUAAAAUCCGAAAAUGGUAUGGUAAACAACCUUGAUUCUAAAAAAUAUCAGUUAGAGACAUUGCCUAGCAUCUUAAGAAACCUUUACAAGAAUGAAUCUAUAAGAGUCGAUUCUAGCGUAGAUAAAAAUGUCCAAUUCGAUACCAAAACUGAUAAUUUUACUAUGACUGAUGGUACUUCUAGAGAAAUGAUUACUACAGAUUUAAUAGAAGAAAAUACCAGUGCAGACAUUCAGAGAAAAUAUAAUGCAGUACCAACAUGUAAUUAUAAAAAUAUUAAUUGUUUAACCAUUAACAAAACUACACACACAAGUACUUCACACAUGAAAUUACUAAAUAAAAAUUCUAAAAAACGAGGAAAAGUCAACAAGCGUCGGAGGCAAAUUUUUGGAAAUAAAAUAUCACCCAAUAUUUCAAAACUAAGCAAUUUGGAUAGUAAGCACUUUACAUUUAUGUAUGAAACAGCGACUAAGCAAAUUCUCCAAGGACAAGAUCUCCUUAACUAUUGGCAGAGUUUAUUUCAAUAUUUUAAUCAAAAUAAUACCAAUAAAAAAAUUAAAGUAGAUAUUCACAUAAGCUUGUCUCCUAAGAGUGAAUAUGAAACUAAAGACACAUGUACAGAUAUAAGUAAUGAGCCUAGCAGUUUUUAUGAAGAAGUAAAAGGCGAUGCUACCCUACUUUACAAUGUGAAACCGGAAACGGAACCAUCACAUAUGCCACCUAUCGUAAUAAAUUCGCAGUUAGGAACCGGAAGUGAUAUAAAAUUUCCCACAAAAUACGUUCCCGAAAUAAUACCUCUACUUGAUGGAGCUGUUAGUCAAGCAAAAUACAUUCUCGAUGCCAGUUCUAGAGAAAAAGUAGAAAUCAAAUCAAAUUUGUGUGUAGAUCGUGGCAUGAUGACGAAUGAAGUAGAAAUUUUACAAGAAAUAAAUGAACUUAAAUUAGUUAUAAAAGAUUUAGCUAUGACAACCGAGAAACUCGUAAGUAAACAAAUGAGAAAAGACUCUGGUAAAUCUAAUAUAUAUGCUUCACUUAAUCCUAGUUACAACUACACUUCAAGUUCUAGAUGUGAAGCAGUAAUCAAUUUGAUUAAUCUAUCGAAAGCGAUCCAGGUCGGCGAAGAGUUGCAAAAAAAUCAAAUAAAAUCAGACAGUGAAGGUUCAAAACUAAAAGAUACCCUUGAAUACUACAAUAGGUUAACAAAAAAGAGUACUUCUUUUCGCAUUAUAGACAGUGAAUCGUUGCUCAGAGUGACUGACAUGACAUCUAAAGGUAAUGAAAUAAACAAAUUUAAUCGCCAAUUUACUGAUGAAGCAUUAAUGUGCGCAAUACCUAAAUCUUUAUCAUUAUUUGACUUACCUUCUGAAAGAAACAAAAAACUCAUCGCUUUCUUUUGUGAUAAUUGUGUUAAACCGAAAGUUAGCUACCGUAACUCAGGUCGCAAUCCAGGUCGCAAAAUGAUUUCUCGACCUAAGUCAAGCAAAUCAUUAUCAAAAAAGAAAAAAUGGCACUUCUGGGGUGGCACACCAAAAAAUAAUGACAUUUGUUGUCCUCGUUCAACAAGCGGAACCUCAUGCGUCAUACCAAUAAGUAAUUUGGGAUAUAGCACCACAUCGAGUUGUUGUUCAGAAAACAGUAUGGUUAACGAUGAAGAGCUGGGUAAACCCUGCAAAGUGACUAGAGGGAUGGGUUUUGGCGAAGGUUGUAUGUAUUGUAUGCUGUUAUGGAUCCCUGUUCUUAUAUUAGGUUGCUUAUUUUACUCGCAUGUUUUGAAAAAUUAUGUAGUAUCGCAGGAUAAAGUAAUGUAUGGAAAAAGAACUUCAAAAGCAGAAUCCAUCCCAAAUUCCACAGUGGUUUAUCUUAAACUCUCUGACUUAGGCUUUUGA